UUAUGUUCAUGUUAACAACUUCCAGCAUCAAUGCCCUAACAGAGUUCCUAGGUUACUCCUGCAAUAACAACCAAGGUAACUACACUGGCAACAGCACCUACCAGACCAACCUCCGCACUGUCCUCUCCUCUAUCGUCUCCAACGAUAGAAUUGGCGCCUUUUAUCGUCCUUCCUCCUACGGCGGAAACCCCGACGUAGUCUAUGCCACAGGGCUCUGCAGAGGAGACCUCAAGCUGGAGGAAUGUCGCAGCUGCCUCAACGACUCCAGACAUCUUCUCACGCAGCACUGUCCUAAACAGAAGGAGGCCGUCGGAUGGUACGGAAAAUGUACCUUGCGCUAUUCCAACCGCUACAUAUUUGGAAUUAACGAGGAAGAUCCUGGUAUUAUCUUGUGGAACAGGCAAAAUGCUUCCUCAGAUGCGGAGGCCUUUAAUCAAAGGCUUAUGGACGUGGUUGAUGUCCUGAGAAGCCGGGCUGCGGGGGGGAAUUCUUCUCUUAAAUUUGCCGCAGGAAGCGCAAAUGCUCCAAGUAACUUUCAGACAAUAUACGCACUUGUGCAGUGUAUGCCGGAUUUGUCGGACUCAGAUUGCAAUGACUGCAUCGUUAUGGGUCUUAAAUAUCUGAAGACAUAUUCUUAUGGGAGCAUUGGCGUGUUUGUUGGUCUUCCUAGCUGUGACGUUGCUUAUGAUCUCAAACCCUUUUAUAAUUUAACGGUUAAUGAGCCGAUUCAGUUAUUGUCACCAUCGCCCCCGUCACAAACACCUCCUCUUUCGCCGGUGGUUGAUUCUCUUCCACCGCCAACAAAUGGCACAGAUGCGGUAAAAGGUAAAAAUGAUGCAUCUGGAGAUUUGGCGCUUACGGUUGUACCAUCUGUUGUUGUCUCUCUCGUAGUGCUAAUUAUCUGCAUCAGCCUAAUUUACUUGAGAAUGAGGAAGCGAAAGGAGAAACUUAAGACUCAUUCUUCAAGCGAAGGUGAGGAAGUAACCAACGGCACAGAAUUCUUGCAAUUUGACUUUGGCACAAUUAGGAAUGCAACUGACAACUUUUCUGAAGCAAAUAAGCUUGGACAAGGGGGAUUUGGUGCCGUUUACAAGGGUAAGCUUUCAAAUGGAAAAGAGAUAGCAGUGAAACGGCCGAUAAAGAAUUCAGGUCAUUCUAGACAAGGAGAUGCCGAAUUUAAGAAUGAGGUCCUAUUGGUUGCCAAGCUUGAACAUCGGAAUUUAGUCAAACUUCUAGGUUUUUGCUUACAGACAAAUGAAAGAGUACUUGUCUAUGAAUUUGUUCCCAAUGCCAGUCUCGAUCGCUUUAUAUUUGAUCCAGUCAAGCGCGCGCAUUUGGAUUGGACGGUACGCUACAAAAUCAUUAUAGGCAUUGCUAGAGGGCUGCUUUACCUUCAUGAAGAGUCUCGUCUCAAAAUCAUUCACCGUGAUCUCAAAGCCGGAAACAUCUUGUUGGAUGCUGAAAUGAAUCCAAAAAUAUCAGAUUUUGGAACGGCAAGAAUGUUCGCACUUGAUCAAAGUCAAGAGAGAACAGACCGAAUUAUGGGAACCUAUGGAUAUAUGGCUCCGGAAUAUGCUAGACUUGGACGGUUCUCAGUUAAGUCCGAUGUCUUUAGUUUUGGUGUGUUAGUUCUGGAGAUUAUAUGUGGCCAAAGAGUUAGCAAUUUCCGAAAAGGCGGGAAAAUGGAGAACCUGCUGAGUUAUGCAUGGGAAAAUUGGAAGGAAGGUAAGGCAAUGAAUCUUGUGGAUCCCAAAAUGAGCCAUUCUGCUUCAAGACAUGAAAUAGUAAGAUGCAUCCACAUUGCAUUGUUAUGUGUGCAAGAAAAAGUAGCUGAUAGACCAACUAUGAGUUCAGUUAUUCUGAUGCUAAGUAGCUUUUCUCUUGCCCUCCGAUCACCUUCCCGGCCGGCGUACUUUCUGAUGGAGUCAGAUCAAUCUAAUAACAAUCUUGCCCCAAUUUCAGAGAAUGACGUUUCAGUUACCGAAUUAUAUCCCCGUUGAUAUGAGUAGGGAACGGUACACUUAAAUGUCCUUAGUUCAUAUUUCUUUAAUUUUUUGGUCCAUUGUUUUGGUAACGGUGUCGAAUUUGUCAUCAA